CUCAGACCCGCCCCUAGUUUAUCCUUUUUGUCCCCGUGUCACCGCCUUCUUUUUUAGGCAUGUAAUCCUGAGCCCAUGAAUUAUUUUACUCCAAUUCUGCUUUCUAAAUUGCUGGCAAGUGGCUUUGAAAAGAUAGACGAGUCUGUAAAGUUGGUUUAAAUUGGUUGACAACAGGAUUGGCUGGUGUCCUCAGCUUCUUAAGGGAAACGCCUCUGUUUUGGUCACAGGUGGUUGUUAUUGAUUGGGCUCAGCAUGGCCGUGGUCAUCCGCUUGCAGGGUCUCCCCAUUGUGGCGGGGACCAUGGAUAUCCGCCACUUCUUCUCUGGACUAACCAUUCCUGAUGGUGGUGUGCAUAUUGUAGGUGGUGAACUUGGUGAGGCUUUCAUCGUUUUCUCCACAGAUGAAGAUGCACGGCUUGGUAUGAUGCGUGGUGGGGGUACAAUUAAAGGAUCCAAAGUGUCACUCCUACUGAGUAGUAAAACUGAAAUGCAAAAUAUGAUUGAGCUCAGCCGUAGGCGUUUUGAAACCGGUAAUGUGGAUAUGCCACCAGGGGGCUCGAGCAGGCCAGGGCCAACUAGCAAUACUGGUAUGAGUGGAAGGGGUAAUUUACCAACUACUAUGCCUAACUUAAACACUCCCACUAUGGUUACCACAACUUCCUCAUUGCAUGAAGGCAUGGGCAAUAAAAAUGUGCCCACCUUUUCUGCUGCCAGCAUGGGAAGUACACCCUCAAGCCUCAAUCCCACUUUUAGCAGCCCUGGGUUUAGCAUGGGUUCAACAAUGGCCAGCACUAUGCCGCCAUUGAAUACAAUAAACUCUGUACCACCUUUGCCACCACUUCCUCCUUUACCUACAAUGCCAUCACUGCCACCUAUGCCUUCAAUUCCUCCAAUUGGUAUUUUGCCACCAGUGCCUCCCCUUCCUCCUAUAGCACCUCUUGCUCCUAUCCCUCCCAUGCCGCCUCUACCUCCUAUGCCAAGCUUACCACCCAUGCCUAUGAACGCAGGUAGUGCUCUUCCUCUGGGAAGCUCUGGGCCCAGUGGAAUGAAUGGUUCUGGGUCUGCAAUGGGCAUCAGUAAUAGCAUAAGUUCCAUGUACAUGGGUCCCCUGGGUUCAUUGAAUCCAUUGCACCCCAUGAAUUCCCAUAGUUCAAUGAAUAAAGGACCACCACCAAUUAAUUCAGAUGAUCUCUAUGUCCAUGUUUAUGGGAUGCCAUACACUGCAAUGGAAUCGGAUGUAAGGGAAUUUUUUCAUGGACUUCGUGUUGAUGCAGUGCACAUGAUGAAAGAUCAUUUGGGUCGCAAUAACAGAGAUGCAAUGGUGAAAUUUUAUAGUCCCUCGGACACUUUUGAAGCUCUGAAACGUCAUGGGAAAAUGAUGAUGGGCCAGAGAUUUGCCAAUGUGUUCCCUGCAACAGAGAGACAGUGGAUGAAUACUACGGUUGGCUUUAAUACACCCAAAAGCAUGGGUCCCCCACCUACCAUUGGGCAUUAUGGACAAAACCUACCUCCAUUUCAUACAUCUAGGUCUGAAUCUCCAAGCAGGCGUGAACGGUCACGAUCACGCUCCCCUCAUGAGAAAGAGUUCUGCGUCUAUUUGAAAGGCUUACCAUACGAGGCUGAAAAUAAACACAUCAUGGAAUUUUUCAAUAAACUGGAACUCAUAGAGGACAGCAUCUACAUAGCCUAUGGACCAAAUGGAAGAGCAACAGGUGAAGGCUUUGUGGAAUUUAAAACUCCCACUGAUUACCAAGCUGCAUUGUGUCGCCACAAGCAGUACAUGGGCAGUCGCUUCAUCCAGGUUCAUCCAAUCACUAAAAAAGCCAUGUUAGAGAAGCUAGAAAUUAUUCAGAAGCGAACACACAACUUUGUGCAAAAUGAGCAGAAGAGAGAAGUAACUGUGAAAACUGAGGAAGUGUCUGGUUCACCAAAACUCUGUGGUCAUAUAUGGAAUAUUCCUUAUAAUGUAACGAAAAGUGAUGUGUUCCAGUUUUUGGAAGGUAUUGGACUAGCAGAAAAUGGUGUCCAGAUUCUUGUUGACUCUAAUGGUCAAGGGCUGGGGCAGGCACUGGUGCAAUUCCUAAAUGAAGAGGAGGCACAGAAGGCUGAGCGACUGCAUCGCAAGAAAUUAAAUGGACGCAAUGCAUUUCUGCAACUAAUCACUCUUGAGCAAAAGCAAGACAUGGAGACUAAUCCACCAUUUCAAACCAAAGGUCAAAAGAAUCCAAACCAAGGGAGCCUUGAUCCUCCUUUCCUCCCGAGUGUUGGAGGAGACAGCAUUUUUUCUCCAGGUGGCAAUUCAGGUAAUCUUAAUGGCCCUGUACCACCAUUUAACCCUGUUAGUAGUUUCAGUGGAUCAAGUAAUAUGUUUGGACCAGGACCAGGUCCUGGAUCAGGGGUCAGUGUCAGUAUUGGUGAUGGCCCAGUGGGAGGGCCUGUUUUUGGCAGCAGCAGUGUAGGUAGUUUUCCAGGACCAGGGGUUGAACCAAGCUUUGGAGGUGGCCCUUUAAAUACCAAUAGCCCAACAGUGGUUAAAGUGCAGAAUUUGCCCUUUAAAGUAUCUGUGGAUGAAAUUUUGGAUUUCUUUUAUGGCUACCGUGUGAUUCCUGACUCUGUGUGCCUGCAGUUCAAUGAACAAGGCAUGCCUACAGGUGAAGCAAUGGUUGCUUUUGAGUCCUGCGACGAAGCAAUGUCAGCUGUUGUUGAUCUCAGUGAUAGACCAAUGGGAUCAAGGAAAGUGAAGCUAGUCUUGGGAUAAUUCCAAACUUUAAACAAAGGCUGUAGCUUUUUGGCUUGCCUUUAGCACAGCUGUUUAAAUGGAGGUUGUCUGAACCUCGGGCCUGAAACUUGCAAGUGUUUGCGCUGACUUUUUGACCCAGAUUAUUUGGAACCGGAUGAAAAUGUUUAGGUGUCCAGUGGAAAUUGUAAGUACUGUACACCACUGAUUAGUGUAGACCUAGCAGAAGUGGAUGUUUUUGUGUAGAUCCAUGAAACUGUUAGUUUACUUAUACACUAGGCAAACAGCCUAUGCACAGAUGCAUACUAGAUGCUAAUGUAGCCAUAUUUCUUUGUUACAAUGCAAUCAUUUUAAGUUUUGGCGCCCUGAUUGUUAAGUGGAUAGAAACUCUGUCUCUGGCGACUAAACUGUAACUGCAGAUAACUAACCCUGCAUAUGAAAAUGAUGAAAUCAGAGCUAAACCUAGGUUGGACAGUUCUUUCUAAGUGAUGUAAAUUAUAGUAUUUUGUGCACUUGGGUGUUAUUGUCAGCUGCCAUUAGACACAGUGAAAAUAGUAGGAACGAGGGUACAAAUAAAUUGAAAACUGAGUUCUUAAUGUGCAUGUUGACCCUUUUUGUUCUGGGCAUGGUGUGUUUUUUUGAAUCUUUUGAGUUUGAGAGCAGCCAUUCUCUCCAGUCCCUGUAUAUAUACAGCAUACUGCAGGUUAGGUUGUUUCACUUCUGUGUUCAAUUCGAACUUGUGUUAAUGUAUGACCCAAGGCUUGACAUUCAAAUGUUUAUAGAGCUCAUUUGUAUGCUAGUUACCUAAUUGUUCUGCUAGUACCCACACUGUUCAUAUUGAUGCUGCAACAGUGGUGAAAUCAGUUCAGAUGAACUGUUUUUUUAUUAUUUUUAACCACUACAGGCUGCCAGUAGAUAUAUUUCUUGCUGUAGGAUUUGGCUAAUACCAACCUUUUAAUGCUGACGCACUUAGUAUAAUUUCUGCAUUAAUACUUUUCUAAAAUUUUGUUACUUGUUGGUUUGUAAAAGUGUACAAAAGUCCCCUCUAACUAAACUCAUUCAAAGGUUGAAUGAAUUCUUGUAACAGUGUUUUUUUUUUUAAAAAAAGGCUAGCUGCAAAUGUAUUCUUCUCUGGCACUGGGAAAAGUUCAUUGUAUUCAUACCAGCAUGCAGUGCUAGUAGAAAUUUAGUGUAACUAGCAUUUUGAAAUGUAUUUGUAAGCAAAUAUACGCUGGGUAGACAGUGCCCUGUACUGGGAAAUGCUGUACAGUCUUGUUAAUGACCCAAAACUCAAUAAUCCUACUGUAUCAUAUCCGUGAGUUUUUUGUAAAAGAUACAAAAUGAAUCAGUAAAAGUGUGAUGCUGUUUUUUUAACUAAAAAGAACAAUGCGUAUUGCUUAUUUGAAUUUUUGAUGUGUUUUUCCAAAUGAUGUUGAGGAGAUCUGAAACGUAUGCAACACUACAUUGUAUAGUGAGGAAGGACUUUUAUUGGUCUACUGAGCAUCCAUAACUGUUCCCAGUACAUCUUGGGAUAUUGUAUCCCUGUGGUUUUCAGUUUUGGGACUCCCAUCCCACACUACUGUACCAGUAGUGUUUACUUAAUACUGGAGGCAGUGGGGAGGGAUUUGGAACAGAUUGGUCUCAAUUCACAAGAACCUAGAUUCAGCUCCCACGUAAACUGGGUCUCAAAAGUAGCUGGUUAUUUUUAAUCAACUUGGCAGUGAUAUUUAAUUGUCAUGUGACUCCGAGCUCCUGAUGGUUGACCCUUGAGCCAAAUUCAACUCCAGUCUAAACCCAAGGUCUGCUCAGUGGGCUGAUGUGUGAAGUCCACAUAAACUACUUGUAAGAACUAUUGUAAGAACUGCAUUGUUCUUUGUGUGACUAGGAUAUCUGCUGAUGCAACAUAUUAAGCGUCUUUGUAUUGGCACAGUUGCAUUUAAAGAUCGCCUUUGUAAUUUGCAGACUGAUAAAUUUUGCAUUUACAUCUAUUUGGUGAGAUCAGUAGGCAAAAUGUUGAACUGAACCAUGAUGUAAAAGAACAAGUUGUACAUACACCAUUAUCUUUGCAGCUUUUUGUCAAUAAAAUGCAUUCCGUGAUGAAUAAAGGAAACAGCUCCUGUAGGUUUAGAUGUAAAACGUUGUGUUGCUUUUUUUUAAAAAAGGCCAGACAAAUGGCAAAUUUGUUGGCUGUCUUUUUUGUUUUUCUAUGUUUUGUGUGAAACAGUGAAGAACAUUGUAGUGCACCUGAUGUCUGAACCUAAUGGUCUGGUGGGAACAAAGUUGUCCAAUACUGACUUAAAUAGAUGAGCGGACCACAGUUAUCUGUCUGAUUUUUCUCAUUGAUCAUCUAUACUUGCAAUUUACCUCAUUAUUUCAGAAGCAAGUUAAUGUUUUAUACAACAGCAUUUUCAAUGAGCAGCUGUGACAGUGAUAUUCCAUGUUAAAAAUCAUUUUACUUUGCUGGUUCUUUGAGUUGGGAGAAUCAAUACAAGCCGAUUUUUUUUUAAAGUGAAAGUCUCCAUAAAUGAUUUCAAAUUUUUCCCCUUUUUUUGGAGUUCCACUUUGCUAAGACUAAUUUAUUCCUCCCCCCAGCCCCCCAAACCUUUUACAAUGCUUAGUCCUCCCUAAAAGAGUACAAAGCUUGUUUUGCUUUUGCCCCCAAUUACAUUACUCUUACAAUUUCUGGAAAAGAGGUGGCGAUUUCGAAAGAGAAGAUCCAUUAAUGGUUAGGUUAGAUUUGAUUUUAACUGCAGGAGAAUAUUGGUGACUUUCCCUCCCAGUUACUUUUUUUAAAGAAUAUGUAUUAGACUGAAUUCUUCCUGUUAUCAAGAGAAUGAGUGAAUUUUUGUCUGGCUUGUCCUUGUGGUAUAUUCUCAAUUUACUUUCUUCAAUUUUCAGAGAAGUUGUGCGUAAUAUUUACAUGAAACUCAAGUGUCUUGUUCUGUUUCUGUUGUACGACCUUUAAACUGCAUACAUAAAAUGGCAAGAGUAA